AUGGAAUUCGCUCGUUUCUUGUCUGCUAUUUAUUGUGGUUAAGUUGACUAAACUGCUAUUUUAUCCAAUAGCUUUUCUUAAUAAUUCAAUAGCGUUCCAUAAAUAUUUAUUGGAAUUAUUUUCUUUGAUUUAGAUACAACCACUUUAAGAAAUACCUUCAAUUUUACAGUAAAAAAUGUUGAUUAAAAUCAAGUCUCUAUUCAAUUAAAUAAAUAUGGACUAACAUGCAUAUUUGGAAUCAAAAUAUAAUACUUUGCAACAGUAGAUCAAGAUGUUUAAAUAUAAAAUUAUAUUCUUACAUUUAAUUAGCUCACUGAUAUUUAAACAUAAAACAAUAAGUAAUAUUAAUUUACAAUUCCAUAGAAAUUAGCCUAUUAAAGAGGAGUUUAAUGUGCAAUAACAGGAUUUGACUCAAUUUACUAAAUUUCACCAAGUAGCGAUACUUCUUAUUCACAUCGAAACUUAUCUACUACAACAUAAGUUGAUUCAUCAAACAACUUUUACUAAAUUUAAAUACAAGCUCCAGAUUUAUCAGUAAAUCUUAAAAUAAUUUAUAUAAAUUGCAUAGAAUAUUAUGUCGGGUAAGCAGGAGAUUAUUCAAUGAUUCAUAACGUUUAAUAAGAAUAGACAACAUAAUAAAUCACAACAAAUUAAAAUUUUUAAAUUAAUCUUGAUUCAUCUUUUACAGGAAAUACUAUAGCAUCAUUUCUAGGACUCUAAUAAUUUGACUUGUCCUAAUAUAAAGCUUUAAGAUUAGAAUAUAAAAACUUUAAUUUUUAAAGUAAUUAAUUAUCUUUUUAAACUGCUAAUCUAGUUAUAAUAAAAUAAAUUCAAACGAUUUAAAAUAAUGUGUUUUAAGGUGUUAAGAUGGUUAAUAUGCAGCUAACUUUUAAACUACUUAAGUGUGUUCUCCUUGCAAUCCAAUUUGUAAAACUUGCUCAAGUUUAAACGUAUGUACUUCUUGCUAAUCAAAUUAAUUUGUAGAUACUUCUACUUAGUCCUGUAGCAACUGCGAUACAAGCUGCUUAACUUGUUAAAAUUCUUCUACAUAAUGCUUAAGUUGUCCUUAAGGUUUGUUUCUUUACAAUUAAAAGUGUUAUUCAAUUCAACCAUAAGGCACUUAUUGCGAUCAAAAUAAAAUAUGUUAAGAUUGUUAAAAAUCAUACUAAUGCAAUUUUUGUGAUAAUACAUUAUAAAUUUGCAUUAGUUGUAUUGAUUAAAAUUUAUAUUUUUUAAAUGGAGUUUGUUCUAAUUAAUAGCCACCAAACACAUACUGCAAUUUAUAAAAGAUAUGCCAAAAAUGUCCAGACUCAUGUAAUGGAUGCGAUUUAAAUUUAAAUUGUACAUAGUGCGCAAAUCUAUAAAAUUACUUUUAUUUUGGAAAGUGUCUUUAGUAAUAACCACAAAAUACCUAUUGUAGUGUAAAUUUUGGUUUUUAAAAAUUUUGCUAAAACUGUCAUCCUGCUUGUAGUUAAUGUUUUGGAAAAUAAUUAGAUCAGUGUUCGGCUUGCUAGUAGGGAUAUUAAUUAGUUGGUUCUUCUUGUCUUUGUUAACAAGGAUAUGGUUAUAGUACUAUUUCUUAAUAAUGUGAAGCUUGCUAAAUUAGUGGAUGUAUUCAAUGUAGUAAGAGUUUAAAUUAAUGCGAUAUGUGUUAAGUGUAAUUUUAAUUAGACUAAACAACAGGUAAAUGCUACUGCUCUAACCCUUAAUAGUAUUAUUCAACUGAAUUAUAAUAAUGCUUUUAAAAUAAUAUUCAUUUCUGUAAAGUCUCAUCCAAAUUUUAAAAUACUUGUGAAUAAUGUCAAGAUGGAUAUUACAAUUAUAAUAAAUUUCUUUGUAGCUAUUGCGGAAAAUCGAAAUAUACAGACUCCCAAAAUUAAUGUAAUAAUGAUUGCUAACCUUAGUGUAUAAUAUGCUCAAAUAAAUCAACAUGCCUUCUCUUUUAAGAUGAAGUAAAUUCUAAUACUAAUGGAAAUUUGCCAAUUAAUCCAAACUAAAAUAUUUGCCAUUAUAGUUGUGGUUUGUGCAAUGGAAGUGAGUAAUCUAAUUGCCUAACUUGCAGCUCAUAAACAAGAGUUUAUGAUAUCUAAUAGCAAACAUGUAAUUGUAAAAGUGGUAGAUUUGAUAAAGGGGAUGCUGAAUGUUAGGCAGCUUUUGACUUUUAAUAAAACUAUCUUUGGAUAUUAUAAACUAUCUUUGUAACAUUUUUAAUCACCUAAUCUUCCUUAGUGUUUUCCAGUUAAUUUAGGAAAGCAAAUUUGA